CGUGCCAGGGAGAACACAAGGAAGAGAGGGAGAGAGAAGCAAGAGAAGGAGAUAGAGAGAUAAUGGGGGGUUGGGCAAUCGCGGUGCAUGGAGGGGCUGGUGUGGACCCCAACCUGCCUGCUCAGCGCCAAGAAGAGGCCAAGAGACUCCUAACCCACUGCCUGCAUUUGGGCAUCUCCGCACUCCGCUCUUCUCUCCCAGCCAUUGAUGUUGUUGAACUUGUUGUACGUGAAUUGGAGACGGACCCACUUUUCAAUUCUGGCCGUGGAUCUGCUUUAACGGAGAAAGGAAGGGUGGAGAUGGAAGCCAGCAUAAUGGACGGUCCCAAGAGGAGAUGCGGUGCCGUUUCGGGUCUGACCACUGUGAAGAACCCGGUUUCUCUCGCACGACUCGUUAUGGAGAAAUCUCCCCACUCCUACCUUGCCUUUGAAGGGGCCGAAGAAUUCGCCAGGCAACAGGGGGUUGAAACGGUGGAAAAUGCAUACUUCAUAACAGAAGAAAACGUGGGAAUGCUCCAGCUGGCCAAAGAUGCAAAUACUAUCAUGUUUGAUUACAGAAUUCCAACGGAUACAUGCAGCGGAGCAGCAGGGACCAUCGACAGCCCGCUACAAAUGAACGGCCUCCCCAUCAGCUUAUACUCGCAAGAGACGGUUGGAUGUGUGGUUGUCGACGCCCAGGGUCGUUGUGCGGCUGCCACAUCCACAGGGGGUCUCAUGAACAAGAUGAGCGGUCGGAUCGGCGACUCCCCCUUGAUUGGGGCAGGGACCUACGCAUGCGAUAUCUGCGCCAUUUCAUGCACCGGAGAAGGCGAGGCGAUCAUACGCGGGACCCUGGCUAGAGAAGUAGCGGCUGUGAUGGAGUACAAGGGCCUGGAUCUCCAAGAUGCUAUUGAUUAUGUGAUAAAGGAACGGUUGGAUGAAGGAAAGGCUGGUCUGAUUGCUGUGUCCAAUGAUGGGAAGGUGGGGUAUGGAUUCAACACCACUGGAAUGUUUAGGGGCUGUGCUACUGAGGAUGGGUUUAUGGAAGUGGGAAUUUGGGAGUAGUGUUUGAUUGAGUAGUGUGGGGUCCAUGGAAUGGUGGAACUAACAUAGGUGUUGGAGUCCAUCUCAAACUCUUUAAGGGAAAGUCUAUUUAUCGUAGGCUUGGUAGCUGUUGUUCUGUGGUUUGAAUUACUGGAAAUAUAGUUUAGCUUGUUCA